GAAUUAUUCACGAAGCGUCUUGUCUCGCCCCGCCCAGGAAGGCCUCGUUGACUAUUCACAAGCGCCAGAGGCGAGUUUCAGCCAGAAAAGGCGGUUGAGCCCCAGUCACCGGAAGGCGUCAACCGGCUGAGGUUAGAUUUGUUAAAAGAAUCCUGAUACAUUACUAUCAUGGCCACUGUUCAGCUCUCUCGCUCUAUCAGAAUUCACAAGACAUCUAAGAAAACAGUUUUUCCAUCUCAAAUCACUAAUGAGCAUGAGUCACUGAUAAUGGUGAAGAAACUUUUUGCUACUUCUAUCUCAUGUAUAACGUAUCUACGAGGCCUAUUUCCAGAGAGCUCUUACGGAGAACGCCAUUUGGAUGACCUCAGUUUAAAAAUCCUCCGAGAAGAUAAAAAAUGUCCUGGGUCACUGCAUAUUAUCAAGUGGAUUCAAGGUUGUUUUGAUGCUUUGGAAAAGAGAUACCUCCACAUGGCAGUACUGACACUUUACACAAAUCCCAAGGAACCUGAGAAAGUGACUGAGAUAUACCAGUUCAAAUUCAAAUACACAAAAGAAGGAGCCACUAUGGAUUUUGACAGCAGUAACACAAGCUUCGAAAGUGGGACAAACAGUGAAGAUAUUAAGAAAGCCAGUGUUCUGCUGAUCCGUAAACUGUACAUGCUGAUGCAGAACCUUGGACCCCUUCCUAACGAUGUUAUACUGACUAUGACGCUCCACUACUACAAUGCAGUGACCCCAAAUGAUUACCAGCCCCCUGGCUUUAAAGAAGGAGUAAGCUCGCACCUCCUGCUGUUCGAAGGAGAGCCUGUAAACCUUCAAGUGGGAAUGGUCUCCACUGGCUUUCACAGCAUGAAAGUAAAAGUCACAACCGAAGCCACCAGAGUGUCUAAUCUGGAGAGCAGCCUCUUCCAGGAGAGCGGCACGACCGAGAUCGCCCAUCAGGGUCUCGACUGCGAUGAGGAGGAGGAGGAAUGCAACACUGAGUUUCCUAUGAACCACUGGACUUCCCAGACCGCGCUAGCUGCCUUGUAUACAUUAUGAAGAUGUUUCAGUGAACUCGCUGCAAUGAAAGUAAAGCCCUGAAGCUUGUAAUAGAACUCUGGUUGACUCGAGCAAAGAAGAAAAAGAGAACAAAACUAUCAAACCAGCAAGCCAACUUGGACACCCAUCUUCUCUUCUUCCCAGUGUAACCUGACUUGACAGAAGUGGGGAUGAUUUCAUUUGAAUGGAAAGCAUGCCCACGCAGCAUUUUUAGAAAAGCUAGAUUUUACCAAGUACUUUUUCUUACAGCUACACUGAAACAAAUUCACCUCCCAGAUAAAGAAGUCAUUUUUUGUGCUUUGGGUUUUUAUGUUGCUAUUUUCUUACCUUUAGGGCAGACCUUUCAAGCUUUUGUAUAUCUAAGCAAACCAGUUACUUGAUGAGCAGCUCUACUUGUUUUCUCAGAGUUUUACUGUUCCAUAUAGCCAGUGUCUUGGUUUAAGCCAAAGGGAAUUUGUGGUUUCUGAGAUCAGAAAUUCAACUACUUUCUAAAAUGCAAAACUGGUGAUGAAAUUAGGUGUUUGUAGAACCAAUCUUUGGUUCUAAAUGAUACUUAGCUGCUUUACUGAUACUUCCAUUAUUUUGUAGUAAAAGCAUGUCAACAAUAAUAACCUGUACCUAUAACAAAAGAAAAGAAUAAUGUUGGAACUUCUACUAGAUAUUCUGACAAGUCUUGCUUAAAAAUAUGUAUCUUAUUCCAUUUUCCUCCAAAGAAAGGACAGAGAACAUGGAAAAACCUUUCCUCCCAUCUAGUGGCUGGAAAAUAUAAAAAUGUCCUCCAUGCUGGUCUUGGAAUUCCAGGCAUUAGGGAUUGUCUGACAUUGAGUUGUUCGCUCGGUUAAGCAAAAAUAAAUUCUAAAAUCUUUACCAAAGCUGAGCCCAAUGGAGAAAUAUAUAUCCAUGAUGAUUCACUAACUGAAUUCUCUUUAGUCAGUAACAUAAUUCUCAUCAAGCAGAAAGAAGGUCAUGGUCCCACCUUGUUAAUCUGAACCUAUAGUUAAAAAAAGGUAAGACUGUAUGAUUCUGCUCACUGAAAAGGUGACUUGAAUUAUAUUUGCCUCUAAAGCUAUAUCAGUGCCCUAGAUCUCUCCUGACCCUUAAUGGCUCCUUGUUGGCCCCACCUCUUGACAGCGCUUUUUCUCAAGAGCUGGAUGUGCUGAAUUCACUAAAGAGAGCCAAGAAACUGUCCCUGAACCUGGCUGCCUCCAGGGGCCUCAGCUCCUGAAAGCUGGAAUGCCAGGCUCCGCUCCUGGCAGCUGGGCCUCCGAGCAGGGCUAGCCCAGCCCGCAGGAAGGCAGGUUUGGAUCCGUUAUGCUGCUCAGGGGAUUAACGCUUGGUCUGUGUUGUGUGCCUUGAGCAGAUAUCAGAAUCUCUGCUGAACUGUGCCUCUCUCUGGUGAU